CGCCGGCGGUGACCCUGGCGGCAGCGGUGACCCGGCGAGGGGAAGGCGGCGGCGGCGGCGGCCGAUCGCUGCCGCUCAGGGCUCGAGUGGUGUGAGAGGCGGAGCCGCCGCCCAGGAUUCAGAGCCUCGGAUCGAUCACCUGCAUUUCAGCCAUGGGAUUGUCUGCUUCCACCCCUGCUGUUGCAGUUCAGACUGCAAAUGCUGCGGAGGGUCAGACGGCAUCCCCACCCGCAGGAUGCCCAAUGCAUGAAGGGAAAAUAAAAGGCUGUCCAGUGAGUGCGGCGCCGGCGCAGCCAGCCUGUGAGCACAGAGCUAGCUCCGUGCCCGCCCACCAGGAGCGCGCCUACGAGUAUGUGGAGUGCCCUGUUACGGGCGCUGUGGCUGACCAUAAGGACCUGGAUCCUUCUAAUCUGAUGCCGCCUCCGAACCAGACCCCAGCCCCGGACCAGCCGUUUGCGCUGUCCACUGCGAGGGAGGAGUCCUCCAUCCCCAGGGCGGAUUCAGAGAAGAAGUGGGUGUACCCUUCAGAGCAGAUGUUCUGGAACGCCAUGCUGCGGAAGGGGUGGAAGUGGAAGGAGGACGACAUCAGCCAGAGGGACAUGUACAACAUCAUCCGGAUUCACAAUCAGAACAACGAGCAGGCGUGGAAGGAGAUUUUGAAGUGGGAAGCCCUUCAUGCCGAGGAGUGUCCCUGUGGCCCCUCGCUGGUCCGGUUUGGCGGUAAAUCGAAAGAGUAUUCACCACGGGCAAGAGUUCGCUCCUGGAUGGGGUAUGAGCUGCCUUUCGACAGGCACGACUGGAUCAUCAACCGCUGUGGGACAGAGGUCAGGUACGUCAUCGACUACUACGACGGUGGCGAAGUCAACAAGGACUAUCAGUUCACCAUCCUGGACGUGCGGCCGGCCCUGGACUCGCUCUCGGCCGUGUGGGACAGGAUGAAGGUGGCCUGGUGGCGCUGGACUUCGUAACCAGCGCGUUGUUGGAGAUGGGCAAAUGCCAGCUAUUUUUUUGCAGAGCGACACAUUAAACUAUUCUCCCCCAAAGUGACUUGCGCACCUGGUGUCUGGGAGCGUCAGGUGGGUGUGGGCACUGGUUCGUCCUUAGUGAGCGGAGGCCAGGCGCGCCCUCUGGCUCUGCGCCGCGGCUGGCAGGGGAGAGCUUGUUGCCAUCUCCUGCCCUCUUAGCCGAGUGGGCACCGUCCUGGCGUUUCCCUCUCACGCAGCUUUGCGGUGUAUUUCCUCUAGAGAAGCCUGAGGGGCCGCUGAAAAAGCCCUCUGAGAAGCGAGCUGCUUUUCCUUGCUGUUUUCCCGUGGCUACUCGAAUAGACCCGCGCGCCCACGUGGGGUGACCAGGUCAGGUAUCUGAACUCACACUCUUCCUUGCCAGUAAGUUCCUGGGCUUUCCCAGUGAGCGGCCUUCAAGGCCCUGCGGUGACAGCAGUGACCCUGGAGGAAACAGACGCGGGCCCCGGGCGGCUCUCAAGGCUGAGGCUUCCCGUGCUCCAGUUUCUCAUUUAUUUGCAUGUUAGAGCCUGGAACUUCGAGACGGUUUCCUUUUACUGCCCCUGGCUCUGGGGUCACCAGCUGGCCUCACUCGUGGCGCCUGGGCUUUGGCAGAGUCGCCACACUUGCCCCCCCCAAAGUGCCCCCGCUUCCCUAGCCUGGAUCAGGAGGGCCUGGCUGCAGCAUCGCGCACGCCCCUCUGCUGGGCUCCCCAGAGCCUUGCCGGCUGAGGGACGAGUGCGCCUGUGUGGACUCUCAGGACAGGUUUCCGGGAGCGCCGCUGCCAGCUGGUCCCUGGGCCCGCAGUCCAGAGCUGGGAGCCACGCGUGGGACGGGCCGCAGGGCGUGUGCCUUUGUGUGUGAGCUAGGCUCAAGGGCCGUCACGGUACACCGGCGGGGUUUGGGCCCUGGGAGACGGCCACGUGGUGUGCAUUUCGUCCUGGGAUCCGUUCUUUGUGGAACUUUAAAAACCACAACCGGAAACGUCUGCA